AUGCAUUUCUCUUCAUCAAAAAAACAACUUCAGGCUUUAGCAAUACACUCCUAGUCUUUCUUUCUUUCUUUGAUAUCAUUUUUAAAAACCUUGUAGCUACCAUGGCUGUUCUAUCUUAUGAAUCUGAGUUCACUUCCUCUAUCCCUCCCGCUAGGCUUUUCAAGGCCUUUGUCCUUGAUGCUGACAACCUCUUUCCAAAGAUUGCUCCUAAUGCAGUUAAGUCUGUUGAAAUCAUUGAAGGAGAUGGAGGAGCUGGAACCAUCAAGAAGAUCACAUUUGGCGAAGGCAGCCACUUCAACUAUUCAAAGCAAAAGAUUGAAACAGUUGACAAAGACAACUUCGUCUACGCGUAUAGUUUGAUUGAAGGAGAUGCCUUGACAGACAAACUUGAGAAAAUCUCUUAUGAGAACAAGUUUGUUGCAGCCGAUGGAGGAUCUAUCAUCAAGAGCGUCAGCAAAUACCACACCAAAAGCGACAACCACGACAUCACAGAAGACAAAAUCAAGGCAGGGAAAGAAAAGGCUGCUCAUCUCUUCAAGGUUGUUGAGAAGUACCUCCAAGAGAAUCCUGAUGCCUACAACUAAAACAGCUUCACCAAUGUUACCUCUAUUUGUGUUUUCCUAUAGCUAUACCCCUCAAUAUGUUGCUUUUGGGCUUUUGUUUUACACUGAAUGUUAAAGUGUGAACAUUUGUAUUUCUUUUAUUAUAAUCAAAUAAAAAUACAUGACAAGUGAUCCUCAAAGAUAUUACAUGCAAAUAGUAAA